AUGAAAUCCUUCGUUCUCGUGAUACUUGUUACUAUUUUUGGUAUCACUAUCAUCCAAUGCGAACCCGAACCGAUGGCUAGACCAACCAGACCAAAAGUUUUUACAAGUCCGGAAGAGUUACGAAGAUAUUUAGAUCUCGUCAAAGAUUAUUAUUCGAUAAAUGGAAAGGCCAGGUAUGGAAAAAGAGCCGGAGGUAACGCAUUCCCUGCCUUUUAUUUAGGAUAUCCGUGGAAUACUUUGAGAUUUAUACUUGAUACUCACCGCCAUUUUCAACAACAAAAGGAGGAUAAGAGCAAGCCGAUAAAGGAACAAAUCAAUUUUCGUAAUUUUCAAGAUAAUGAUACAAAAAAGCAAAUAUUUCGAAAUAAUCCGUCAGAAAAUUUAAGUGACAUGAUUGAUAACUAUUACGAUGACGUAGAAUAA